AUGACCGACAGGGAUCUAGGGUGGCCGAGAGGGGAAAAGUGGGUUUUGGAGAGAACAAAUUCCUCUACGAAAUCCUUGCACACUCACACUGGUGCGACCGGAGGGAGCCCGCGUGAGCUCUGGAUCCCGGGGGGCGACUUCUCGGUCGAGACCCUUCCCGGAGCCAAGUCUCACAGCGGGCGGGGCGGGGAGGGGGCGCGCGUCACCACGCACAUUCUACGCCCGCCUCCCGCACAAAGUGGGGCUUUGUCUGGUUUCCUAGCCCCUCGGCCCCGGGGGGCAGCAGCGGAGCAGGCGGGGGGGGGGGGGGGGGGGGGCCGGGCGGGGGGGCGCCGGGGCCUUGCGAUUCCCCACCUGGUACGGCUCAGCGGGGGCACAGGGGGCAUCUGGCAGGGAGCGGUCCCCGCCGAGGCAAAGCGGGACGCGGGGCCCCAAGCUCAGCCAUCGUUGGGGGGGGGGGGGGCAGCUCGGGCGACGUUCGGAACCAGGCUGAGGUCACUGGGCGCCAGGCCACGGCCGGAGGCUCAUCGCUCGCCACCCAGCUGCAGCCAGAGCCGGAGAAGGAUGCUGCGCUGGGGCUCCCGCGGCCAGGCGGAGCGGAGCCGGGCGCGCGGGGCGCGAGGGCAGGUCCGCAGGCUCCACCCGCGGGGACGCGUGGCGCUGAGAAGUUGGUUCUGAGCGGAGGAAGUUUACAAAUCGCGACACAGAGCGCAAACUCCUG